AGUAGUAAAUGAAGGACUCCUCCUAACAGCACUAUAUAUAAAUGCCCUCGGACAGGAAGAAGUGGGCAAGAAAGCAAGAAGAGACACAACACAGCAGCAUCACCCGCUUCCCUUGGAGUCUACUGUGCAGUGCAGGUUGUAAGAUGGCGUCGAAUCUGCAAAAGAUCUCUAGUAUAGGUCUGAUUCAAAGUGUAAAGAGUGCCACUCUAAGAUUUGUGACGUCCCAUGACUUCCAGGGCCGGAUCGGAGCAAUCACGUACCCUCAGGAGAUUCCAGGUGGCCAGUGGGCAGAAUUUGUGCACUCCGGCUACGUUGGAAAGCCCCCCGGAUCUAUUGGCGCUGUCGUCUAUCGUUGCCUGAAUCCCUCCGGGAAAGACUGUGAUUGGAUGAUGUCUUGGUCCAACAAAUAUGGGGAUACCUCACGCAAGGUUUAUACUGAGAUCAAUAUACAAGGCCAUUAUGACAAUGAUGCUGUUUGGCCGGAAAUUCUAAAAAAAUUGAACAAGGGUACUAAGCACAGCGAGGCACGCUGGGCGAAGUGGUCAGCCACUGUCGAUGAGGUGCCAAAUGAAGACUGCGAUGAAUUUGUCAUAUUCCAGGGAAUAAUUCAAGCAAACCCGAACGAUUCGACUUAGUCGAUGUUGUGGACUCGGACGUUAGUCAUCAGAAGGCCAUGCAUCGUGCAUGAGAUGUAUGGGUAGCUAGAGAGACUUGGACGUUAGUCAUGGUUGGUCCAAGUUAGAUUUAGUCAAUUUCUGGGGCUGACUAUUUGGCACCUGUGUUUAGUUGGCAUUAGUCCAGGAGGAUUUUUUGCUUCUGUUAGUUUGUUGGUCAUGGGAAGGAUGUGUCCCUGUGUUUAGUUUGUUGUUUGCUUCUGUUAGUUGGCACCUGUGUUUAGUUGGCACCUGUUAGUUUGUUAGUUUGUUUGCUUCUCUUAGUUUGUUAGUUUGCCCAGCUGUAACAACUGGAUCCUAUCUAAAUUAAGGAUCACUUGAAUAAGAUAACCAUAGACUUUGA